AUGGGGAAAAUAACUAUUUUUACGUCUCUUUUCUUCAUUCUUCUAAUUAUAUAUCUAUCUUUCAAAGCAUCUGCUGCAUGCCCCUCCUCCCAUCUUCAUCUUCCCUUUCCUUCUGCUAACUCUCAUUCUCCAUUUUGAUUCCAAACAACUACCCCUCUUAACCUCCCAAUUAAACUCCUUUCUUGCUAUUUCUCUCUUCAAAACUAAUUACUUACUUCGCCUAUAUUUAUACUUUCUCUAUUUUGUUUUCGGACAACAAAGUUCCAAGUUCCAAGCUUUCCUUAUUUUUCUCCUCUAAAACGAAAAUCCAAAUGAACACCCUCUUGUAACCUCAUCACUAUUCACUGCUACUUCUAGCCAAUACUACCUCUAUUAUUAUUCUAAAUUAGUACCAAAGUUUUAUCAUCAGAAUCAUAAAAAAGGAAGAAAAUGAGUGAACCACAACACUUAUCGGAAACCGAGAGCAGCUCGAACUCAUCGCCCUCAUCAUCUACUUCACAAGGCUCAAUCCAAAACCCCAAACCUAACACCCAAAACAACACUACCACCAACAACCAAGACUCCAAAAAGAUGAAAAGAAUCAGAGACUCAAGCAAGCACCCCGUAUAUCGUGGCGUUCGCAUGAGAAACUGGGGCAAGUGGGUCUCCGAAAUCCGAGAGCCACGCAAAAAGUCUCGUAUUUGGCUCGGUACUUUCCCUACCCCUGAAAUGGCCGCACGAGCUCAUGACGUGGCUGCCUUCAGCAUCAAAGGUAACUCAGCAAUUCUCAACUUCCCUGAACUUGUUGACUCACUGCCUCGACCUGUCUCACUCGCACCACGUGACGUACAAGCCGCAGCGGCUAAAGCGGCUCAAAUGGACAAAUUUGACUCAGCAUCAGUAUCAUCAUCAUCAUCUUCAUUGUCUUCUUUGGUUUCAGCUAUGGAUUUGUCAACUGGGUCAGAUGAGUUGAGUGAGAUAGUCGAAUUGCCGAGUUUAGGAACGAGUUAUAAUUAUGAUUCGGCCGAGUUGAGGGAUGAGUUUGUGUAUGUUGACCCGGUAGAUGGUUGGAUGUACGCACCGCCUUGGUUACAAAGUGUGGAGGAUUGCGGUGGGUAUUUGUGUGAUCAGUUUGAACUGCCAGAUAGUAGUGUUUUUUCAAACAGCUUUGGAGAAGGUUUGUUGUGGAGUUCUUAAACGGUUGUGUUUUGUAAAUUAAUGUGAAUGUGGGCUUCUUUGACUGUGAUUGUAAUAAUUUUUGUUUUUAAUUUAUGUUUCCAAAAAGUUUUUUGCCCUUUUGGUUUUUCUUUGAAGGGCUGUAGAACUCAUGUCUCUCUGUUCAUCUUUUGUUUCUGGAGUUUAUGCAACUGGCCUGUUCAAAGAAUGUAACUAUACAGUGUUAGGAUGGAAAGAGGAAAAUGUCAUAAAUUCCUUUCCCCUUGUUUGGUGUAAGCUCAUUAAGAGUUAA